AUGGGUAUAAGAAAUCAUUCCACCGUGACUGAAUUUCUUCUUUUGGGUUUAACUGAACAGCCAGAGCUUCAGCUGCCCCUUUUCUAUCUCUUCUUAGGGAUCUAUGUAGUAACCAUCGUGGGAAAUCUUGGCAUGAUUACAAUAAUUACAUUGAAUUCUCAACUUCAUACCCCCAUGUACUAUUUUCUUAGUAGUCUGUCAUUUUUAGAUUUCUGCUAUUCUUCUGUCAUUACCCCCAAAAUGCUGGGAGGGUUUGUUGGCAGGGAUAAAUCCAUCUCCUAUUCUGGAUGUAUGACUCAAUUGUUUUUUUUCUGUAUUUUUGUUAUUUCUGAAUGUUACAUGUUAGCAGCCAUGGCCUACGAUCGCUAUGUGGCCAUCUGCAGCCCACUACUCUACCAUGUCACCAUGUCCCCUCAGGUUUGCUUUCUGCUGGUGGCUGCUGUCUUCUCCAUAGGCUUCACUGAUGCCAUGAUUCAUGGAGGUUGUACAUUGAGGUUGUCUUUCUGCGGAUCAAACAUCAUUAAACAUUAUUUCUGUGACAUUGUUCCUCUAAUUAAACUCUCCUGUUCUAGCACUUACAUUGAUGAGCUGUUGAUUUUUGGCAUUGGUGGGUUUAACAUGGUAGCCACCAGCCUGACCAUCAUAGUUUCGUAUGCCUUUAUUCUCACCAGCAUCCUCCGUAUCCAUUCUAAAGAGGGCAGGUCCAAAGCCUUUAGCACCUGUAGCUCCCACCUAAUGGCUGUUCUUAUAUUUUAUGGUUCUCUCAUGUCCAUGUAUCUCAAACCUGCUUCCAGGAGUUCAGUCAUCCAGGAGAAAGUAUCCUCGGUGUUUUACACUACUGUGAUUCCCAUGCUGAAUCCCUUGAUAUAUAGUCUGAGGAACAAGGAAGUGAAAAAUGCACUCACAAAGGUUUUACGAAGAAAAGUAUCUUCACAAUGA